GUUUUCUGCGGCCGGGGCCGUGCUGUUCCUGGCCACAGUCAUCAUGUACAGUGGUGCAGUACUGGAGUGGAUGUCCUCUAGCUAUGCACAUAUCUUCAUGAUCUUCUGGUCAUUUGUGGGUGGAAUGGUACUCUGCUACAUGUUUUUUGGAAGAAACAAAAACAUGAUGCCCAAUUUCCUCAUCAUGUACAACCGCAAGAAACAGCCAAUGUUGGAUGACCUGGAAAUAGAGGCCCUGAGAAAAAGCUGCCCUGUAUGUGGGGACCCCAGAUGUGCUAGGCACAGGCCUGGUCUGUCCAUACUGGACCUCCAGCCAUGGACCAGUUUGAAGGUGACGGAAAAAGUGGACAUGGCAUUGUCCGAGUUUCUGGAGCUGGUCUUGAGGGAUUUUGUUUACACCUGGUACAGAGACCUGAGCACAGACGAGGCUUUUGUGGAUGAAAUGAGGGUCAGCCUGAGGUUCAUCCUAUCAUGUCUUAUAAGGAGGGUCAAAAAGACGGACCUCCCAACCUUUAUUGUCAACAAGCUGAUCAAAGCUGCCAUGAGUCACCUGGACAAGUACGUCCGGGCCAUGGAGUCAGCCCCACCUGGAGCUGAUCUAGAGAAGGCCACACUAGAGCUGUACGGCUCAGAGCUCCACUGUGUCAUGAAGAGCAGACGCACAGAACUGCAGUACCUCCGCCACCUGUCAGGGGAAAUUUUCCCCUACAUUCUACCCGCAAGGUCACUCAAGUGCAAGAGCCUGUGUGCCUUGCUGAGAGAGCUGUUGUCAGCCUCAGUCUUGAUGCCUGCCAUUGACAAAAUAGCUGAUCCUGACUUUGUGAACAACUUGAUGCUGAUUUUCCUUGAUGAAACUCCAAUGGCAGUGGCUACAGAACCCCCAUCUCAUGAUGUGGACCUGCUCGCUCACUUCAGCCAGCCCAGACAGGCUCCCACUGAAUCUGCACUAAGACUGGACCUGCCAGACAUCAUGAACAACCAGACCACACUGUUCCGCUUCAUGCAGUUCCUGAAGGACGAGGCAUCUGUCCACGUGCUGCAGUUCUGUCUGUCUGUUGAGGACUUCAACAGGAGGAGUCUGAACCCAGACAUGACUGACCAACAGAAGAUUGACCUCCACCAGGAGGCCAAGAUGAUCUAUGAGAUGUACUUCAAGUCUGAUGCUGUGGACAAGAUCCAGUUUCCUGGAGACAUUACCACAGAGAUUAAGUCAAUUGUGGAGGGGCCACCUGAAGGUGUGACUAGGCUGAGAACAAGUACCCCUCUUUUCAGUGCGUAUGAGCAUGCCUAUGGACUUUUGGAAAACACCUUCCUGCCACUAUUUUACCAGAGCGAUGAUUACUACACCAUGUUGUGUGGGGGCCGUUUGCCAACCAACAUUCCCAAGUCAGCUUCAAGGUCUGCAGGUAAGAAGAGCAUGGAGCCGUUUGCUGCCGUGUCCAAAUUUGGAAACAAGCUGAAGGGGAUGUUGAGGUCCAACACAGGUGAUGUAGCCAUCUUCGAAAAGUGGUUGCAGAUGUUGCUGACCAAGCCAGCACUGAGAGGCAGUGAGCUGCUGCACAGUUUCCUGUCACCAGGGCCAGAGUUCGAGACCAGGCUGCUCCCAGAUGUCAACAUUGGUAAAAUGUUGAAGUCAGUUCCAAACAAACUUGUUAAGGAGAAAGGACAGCACCUGGAACCUUUUCUACAGGCUUUCCUGGCUUCCACAGAGACAACCAAGCCACGGCAGAGCAAACCAGAUGUAAUUGAAGAAAGUCCCAAGGACAAAAUGGAGAGGAAGAUCUCCUACCCGAUCUAUGGGAACAAUGCUGCUGGUUUGGUCAGCAUCCACAACACAGAGCCAGCCGGGCUGCAGGUCAGGGGCCUGCAGGGGGCUGCAGACUUCCUCCUGUACAUAGCACGAACUGUGUACAAGGUCCCAACGUGGUUCCAUCAUGUUGCCAUGUCAGCCCGAAUCGUCGGUAAACAUGCACUAGAGGGUUACCUGGACAGCUAUCUUGCAGGCAAGAUAGAGCAGGUGAAACAGGAGCACCAGGUGGUGGGACUCAUCCACUUACUCCGGGAUGUGCUGUUCUUUGACAACGACCCUCCCAGAACUGAUGAAGACAAAAGAGUCCGGGCUGAGGAGACACUGAAGGAGAUGAAAGCUUUCUUGCCAAAAUUGUUCGUGAUGGUGAUUGGAGCUGAGAGGCAGCACAUUGGGACCAAGACCAUAUUUGAUGCCCUUCAGAAGCCCAGACUGAAUAAGCAGCUGGGGUAUGUGUUACUUGACCUUGCAAUACUGGAAUUCUUUCCAGAAAUCCAGGAACCAUCUGACACAACUGGCAACUAAAAGUUCUAAACUUGUUCUGUAACAAUUUGGAAGGGAACCGAAUAUGUAGGCUCGGGGAUGACAAAAGCUGGAUGCAACCAUGACUGUUAAUGUUAUGUCAAGGACAUUAUAUUGAUACUUGAUUAUUCCAGGGUACAAAUCAUGUCUAAACUAGAACUUACUUAUUGAGUACAUGUAUAUGUGGCGUGACACUUGUGCCAAUGAUAUCUAGAUCUAUUUAUAAUCAGAUCAAAAAUACUUCUCUCUCAGUGUCAGUUACAUUGUGAAGCAAUAAUGAAUACAAAAUAGAACUCUCUAUUCAUGCAUUUGUGAUUGACAUAUUCUGUGAAAGUAUGUACGGUAGAAAAUAAAAACAAAUAUUUGU